AUGGUCAGCAAUAUCCUAUCCGUAUUUAACCCGGCUCCUUCUAGAGACCUUGAUGAAUCAGAAACAAGAGACUGUGUUCCCUGCCAAGUAAUGAGCACCUUAUUUUCUUUGGGAUUUGGAAGUUAUUUGGUGAGUGGAAAACCCUUUGAAUACUGUGAAAAAGAUCAGAAGAAGGGUAUUUCUCUGAGAGAGUUCAAUCGCUUGAACCCUCAGUGGUGGCGGAUCACGCUAAGAAGUGCUGGCGGCAUUUUAUUGCUUUUCGGGCUUUUCAGAGGUACUGAGGGUUGGCUCUGGAACCGUGGAAAGAUUUAUAAGAAAUACGCCUGA